AUGGAAGACGCGUCUUGUCUGAUUUCAAUGCCAUGGAAGAUUAUCAAACAAACUGGUAAACGACUUUCAGGCGAAGAUAUUAAUUUGAAAAACUUCCAAGUAACAAGACAAUGGCAAGUUUUCAUAUUUACUGAUUUUGUAUUAUUCAAAAUAUAAUUUUUCAGUGAAUCAAGCGAAGUCGAAUGUUUUAAUUGGAAAUGGUCGCCAGAUGGAAGAUAUGGUAUUGAUUUACCUGUCAGUUUUUAUUUGAUUUAAUUUUAUUUUUGAAAAUAUCAAUUGAAUUUUCAGGGUGGCCGCGAUAAAAUAAUUCAAAAUUUCAAUGAUUUUUUAUCCGUUUUUGAUAUGCACACUUUAAGCUGGCAACAAUAUAAAUUACUACACUUUAAUUUUGAGGUAGGGCUUUUGUUAUCAAUUUUGAGACAAAAAUUCAAGUUUUUCAGAUUCCACGUGCCGCAUUUUUGUAUUGGCUUUCGUGUGAUAUUAUUUGUGUAGUUACUUUAAUGGUAAAACAUUUUUUUGCCCCAAGAAACCAAAAAAAACAUGUGAAAAAUUUCAGCAUCCCGAUGAAAACGAUGAACGCGAAAUGAUCAAAUUGAUCUUCUGCCAAACAUUUCUUAAAAUUUGUCACAAAACAAAACAACUCACAAAACUUGACAGUGUGUAAGUUGCUACCUAAAUAAUUGAAGAAUUUAUCAACAAAAAAUGAAAUUUUCUUCAGAAUCUAUGAAACAGACAGAACAAUUCCAGUUAAUUAUUGGUAUCACAUUUUCGAAAAUCGAAGUGGUGAACCCUUUUUGGAUGCAAAUAUGGAGAGUUGGCUGAUUUUUUCGAAUGGAAAAGAUUCAUUGAUUCUUAUACCAUAUGUUCCAAAACGAGAAAAAUCGAGAAAUCGUGUGAGAUACGUGGAUUUUGAUAUGGAUUCAAUUGUUGCAAAAAAUAUAGGUAUUUUUUGAACUUUUAAAGUGUUAUGGUCAUGGCUUCAAAAUUGCAAAUUGUACUCUAAAAUUUUGAGAUGACUAGAAACUAGGGUUGGAAAAACAGUGUAUUUAAAAAUUGAUCUUUGUUUUUUUUAAAUUUUUCUCUGCAACAGGUUGACCUAGGAUGAAAAACAUGGGAAAAUUUUCACCAGAAAAUUUUGAUUCAAGAAGUUUUUCCCACAAAAAUCAAUUUUUCCAUGGAUAAUUUUUUUUAGAAAUGUUCUUGAAUCACAAAAACAUUCAAACAGAAAUCUAAUAUUUUCAUAUUAAUUUCAGGAUGUCAAAUCUCGCUGGAUCCAUAUUUCUGCACACACUAUGUGCCAUUUGUCUAUAAAAAUGAAAUCAAUUUCAUGUUUCGAAUCAAUCAAAAAACUUGUGAAUUUGGACAUGGUUAUAAUGAAACAAUUAACGGAAUAUACCAAUUACAAAUCAAUUUGGCAAAAGUUAUGGAAAAUAAAGAAAAUGCGAGUUUUGAUAAAAGUAAGUUUAUUUUUAUUUUGUGAAAUCAAAGUUGAUUCAUGUAGUUUUCAUUUCAGAUGAUAUUAAUAUUUUUCGAAAACUACACUUUGAUCCGGAUUCUCAACACAUUCAUUAUUCACAAUAUAAAAAUAUGCUGACAUUUUUCAAAUGGAAAAGAUGUGACAGAUUUUAUGAGAGAGAUGUGGUUGGUUUUUGUUUUUUUUUUCAUUUUUAGAAAUAUACAUAGAAUUAGAUAUAAAAUAUCGAUUUUUCUAGAUCAAUCAAACGCUCCCAAUUCGAUAUCGUAAAUGUGUUCAGCAAAGUUCUUUCGGAACUAUUGAUUUAGAAACUGAUCAAGAAAAUACUUUUCAUCAUAUUAUUUUACCGUAAGUUUUUUUUUCUUUGUUUUUUUUUUCAAAAAAAUAAACAAACUCGUUUUCAGAAAUGACGUACUUUCCUUCCAUCCAUCAGGUUCUCUUCUCGCUUUUCGAUACAAAGAGGAUUACGGUAUGUUUAUUUUUAGCACACACAUGGUCUAAAUAUGACAAUUUUGCAGAAAUGUUAAUGUGCUGUCUUCCAUUUUAUAAACCACUUCCAUUGUCAUUAAUAACGGUUCAAACUUUGAAUAAUUGUAUAAAUCUCGAUCCAAACUGGUGAGUUUUGAAAACUUUAUGUUGAAUUUUUUAAUUUUCAUAAAAUCUGAAUCUAAUUUUCAAGUUAGCCGCAGAAUUAUGAACUUUGCCAACAUUCAAGUAUAGUUGGACAUCGACUAAAUCGACUAAAUGACAUUUUCAUGUUUUUUAAGCAACUGAGUUGAAAUAUUGGGUUUUAUAUUUCAACUCAGUUGCCUAAAAAACAUGAAAAUAUUAUUUAGUCGAUUUAGUCGAUGUCCAACUAUACAUCCAAGGCAAGGAAUUUUUGAAUUAGAUUCCAAGAUUGGAAAAACCGAAAACUUCCCCAUUUUCCUUCAGAUUCGGCUUUUUCCUAAUUCAAUUUUCAAAAUAUCCUAUUUUUGCAGUAUAAUUCAUCGAAAGUGCAUUUUUCAUUCUUCCAUGAUUCGUUCAACAAAUCACGGCUGA